CAUUAAUUAAUCCCAGUAAGUGGGGGAGAUGAGAGCCUAAAGACAGCUGAUAAAGGUGGAGUGAGAUGCAGCAGAGACCUAGGUAUAAGAGUGGAUAAGAGUUCCUCUCAAGAGAGAUAGGAAAGCCCUGCAUGAUGGCUUGGAGAAGACUGUUCAUCUUGAAGGACAGCUGGGAGAAUCAGGGGAGCUGCAGCAAAACAAAUCUGCUGUGAGAUUGAAGGAAGACAUGAAGAAGACAGCUACCCUUCCACUGAACAAGCAAAAGGACACAACCAGUCCAAAGUUGUUUGGUGUGAGUCUUCUGGAGCUCCAACGGCAGGGACUGAGCAAGAAUGGCAUCCCAAUAAUUGUGUGGAAUAUAGUCGAGUACCUUACCCAGCAUGGUAUGGCGCAGGAAGGCCUCUUCAGGGUAAACGGCAGCAUGAAAAUGGUAGAGCAGUUGCGUCUGCAAUAUGAGCGUGGAGAAGAGGUGGAACUUGUUAAAGAUGGUGAUGUGUACUCAGCAGCCAGUCUGUUGAAAUUAUUUUUGAGGGAGUUGCCAGAUGGAAUUAUCACCUCUGCCUUACAUCCCAGGUUCAUUCAGCUUUACCAGGACUCUAGAAAUGACAUGCAGAAGGAAAGUAACUUGAAAGAACUCCUUAAAGAACUGCCUGAUGCUCAUUACUGCCUGCUGAAGUAUCUGUGCCAGUUCCUGGUAAAGGUUGCUGAACAUCAUGUAGAGAACAGGAUGAACCUUUGCAAUCUUGCCACUGUGUUUGGACCAAACUGCUUUCAUGUGCCCUCUGGAUUUGAAGGUAUAAAAGAACAGGAGAUCUGCAACAAGAUAAUGACAAAAAUGCUGGAAAAUUACAAUACCUUGUUUGAAUUGGAAGGUUUGAAGAAGGAUGAAGAAAAGCCUGUAUGUGAAGAGUUAGCAAGAAUUAUUUUGGUAAAGAUGACAAAGUCCACGAUGGAAGGAUCCAGCCAAAUGUGCCUAGUGCCACAACCAGGCCUAUCAGAUGGAAUACCUCAGGUCAGCCUCCGAUUAACAGAUGGUGGUUCAUGUUGGAAGGAGAUGGAUCUAACAGAUGAAAUCUCCUUCAUAAACAGUGAUGCAUUUUUCUCCAGCUCCCAGGAAGACGAGCGGCCUAUGUCACCCUUCUAUGUGAGCGCCCACAUGUCACAAGUCAGUAGUAACAUUCCUGCUACAGGAGAGUAUUUAGAGAAGACAAUCCGCUCAGCCGUGGAGCAGCAUCUCUUUGAUGUUCAUGGCUCAGGCGGCCAGAGUUCAGAGGACUCUGAAUCGGGAACAUCUUCAGCCUCUUCUAAUGUGUCUGCCAGGCAGAGGAGGCGACACCACAAAGAGCAGGAGGAAGCCCGGAGAAACAGAGACAUGGAAGUUGUCAACAAAGAAAACAUUCCCUCUGGAUUCAGCAGUCUUGAAGACUGUAUUCUAGCUGUUCAAGAAGUAGAAAAAUUACAAGACAACAGCUCUGGAUAUCUUAGUGAAAGGAAUAAACCAAAACGGCAGAAAUCCAGCACCAAGCUUUCAGAGCUUAAUGACAACCAGGACAGUCCGGUGAGUAUGGAAAGCUUUAGCUCACCCAGGCCUAUAGACAGAACAGGACCUGAUGACAUGGAAAUUUUAUCUGAAGAAAGCAAAGAAAGUGAAAACGAUGAGGUUUUUGUCAGGCACUCACAGCAGACUUCAAAUAUGAAGAUUCAAGAGCAUCCAAGCAUUCCUGAAAACAAGUUGCAAAGAAAUCAAGAUGCUGAUGAUCAGGAAAACAGCUUUGUGUCAGAAGUGCCUCGGCUGGAUUUGACAGCACUGCGUGAUGACAACAACUGGGAAGAGCCCAUCCCUGCUCUUUCCUCAUGGCAGCGAGACGGCUUAGACUCAGAUGAGGCUCGCCUUUCCCCGCAGGCCGGUCGCUUAAUUCGCCAGCUUCUGGAUGAGGACAGCGAUCCUAUGCUGUCCCCUCGCUUCUAUGCCUAUGGACAGAGCCAGCAGUACCUGGAUGAUCCAGAAGUGCCUCCUUCCCCUCCCAAUUCUCAUUCCUUCAUGAGGAGGCGGAGUUCGUCUUUGGGAUCUUAUGAAGAUGACAGAGAGGACCUCACCCCAGCACAACUCACCCGGAGGAUUCAGGGACUAAAGAAAAAGAUCAGGAGAUUUGAGGAAAAAUUUGAAGAGGAGAGGAAAUACAGACCUUCCCACAGUGACAAAGCGGCCAACCCUGAAGUUCUCAAAUGGACAAAUGAUUUGGCCAAAUUCCGAAAGCAACUUAAAGAGUCAAAACUGAAGAUAUCAGAGGAAGACCUUGGCCCUGUUGUGCGUCAGCGGAGCAACACGCUCCCCAAGAGCUUUGGUUCUCAGCUUGAAAAGGAUGAUGACAAGAAGCAAGACCUGUCAGAUAAAUCUGCCAAGCCUGCUGUGGAAGCAACCCUUGAUUCUAUCCAGAAGAAACUUCAAGAAAAACGAACAGAGACAAACCGACCUGAGGAUAUUAAGGACAUGACAAGAGAUCAGAUAGCAGCUGAAAAAGUGGCUCUUCAAAAAGCUUUGCUGUAUUAUGAAAGCAUUCAUGGUAGACCGGUAACCAAAAAUGAACGACAGGUGAUGAAGCCAUUAUAUGACAGGUAUCGCUUGGUCAAGCAGAUCCUCUCCAGAGCCAACUCCAUCCCCAUCAUUGGUUCCCCCUCCAGCAAGCGGAGAAGCCCUUUGCUGCAGCCAAUUAUCGAGGGCGAAACAGCUUCCUUCUUCAAGGAGAUAAAGGAGGAAGAGGAGGGGUCUGAGGAGGACAGCAAUGUGAAGCCAGAUUUCACAAUUACCAUGAAAACAGAUUUCAACGUGCGUAGCUUCUUGGAUCAACUCGAAGAUGAUGCUGAUGGCUUUGUUUCCCCGGUGGAUGAUAAGAUGCCAUCUAGGAGCAACCAGGAUAUGGGGCUUUCAAAUCUCCAUGAAGCAUCCAUCCCUGAACUGUUAGAGCAGCUCCAAGAAGUGAGGGAAGAGAAAAAGCGAAUCAGAAAAAAAUUGAGAGACUUUGAAGAUAAUUUUUUCCGACAAAAUGGAAGGAACGUGCAGAAAGAAGACCGCACUCCUAUGGCUGAAGAAUACAAUGAAUACAAGCAGAUUAAGGCCAAGCUGAGGCUGCUGGAGGUCCUGAUAAGCAAAAGAGAUAUGAGCUCCAAGAUCAUGUAAAGGAGGAGAUUGUUUUUUGCCAGUAAACAAAGAGGAGGGAGCACCAAAUGGACAAAUGCAUGAAGUGGAUGCAGCAGGAGCCUGGCUGGGGAGAGCUGAGGAGCUCCCAGGGAACUGAAGGGCCAUUCCCAGAGGCGGGAUGGGGGAAAGGAUGACUUUCCUUCACUCUCUGCACUUGCUGUUGCCCGCUCCUUCUCCAGGCCUCGUGCCCAAAAUGGAGUUGGCCAGCGUAGGAGACAUGAUGCUGCGCUCAGUGACUGCACUGAAGAGAUCCUUCUGUUUUGAUUUCCUUACAGAUCCUGUAAUAUUUAGAAUAUCAAAGCCAGUCAUGCUAUUCUUUUUUUUUUUUUUUUUUCCCCAGGAUAUCAUAACAAGAGGCAAAGUAGGAUGAAUAGUGAUUAAAUCAUCAAAUAGCUUCUACUUUAGUUGGACAGACAAGUGCCCUGGCUGAUCUCAUGUGAAAGCACAGGCCAGAUAGCACCAAGACUGUUCUCUUGUAGCUACAGCAGAGAUUUGCUCAGACUUUUGAUCCGCCUGUUUAGAGUCCAGCAUUGUCUGUUGCUCUAGAUAAAUGGUGUAAGAACCUCCUGGUCACCACCCAGAGCUGGUUUGAGUUACAGUUUUGCCUCGGCUUGAGCUGGAUUUUCUUCCCACUUUUUUGUUGACCAGUUUGAUUGAAGUAAAGUACCUACAUCUGUUUGGGAUAGCAAAGAAAAUGAGCUGUGCAGCAAGGUUCUUGCCAGCUUGUUCCACCUGGACGGUGAUACUGUAAUAUUUUGACCAUGUUUGGGCAACUGGGAAGAAAAGAGGUUUUAAAAGCUUUAAGUCAGAAUCCCGUGGGAUUUUGGUAGUUGAUCACUGAAAUGUCUGGUGUCUGGAAGUUAUCUGGAAGACCCACCCCAUUAGUACAUGCGCUUGAUAAAACUGUAAGAAUCCAAGCUGAACAGUCCAUAUGGGUGUCAUACGUACACCGUUGAUCAGACUACAUGGGCUGCAGCAGUGACACUGUGAUGGUGGCAACGCAGGGUGGUCUUUUCUUCCUGGUGUGUCUAGCGGGUGUACCAGCGCAAGAGGAUGCUGCAGGGAAUAAGAAGCCCAGAGCCAUGCUCUGCCUAUGGAAUGGACCCGUGUCUUAGGUGCAGAUUUUGACAAUUGAACAUUUUCUAAUGUGUUUAUGCCUGAGGGAGUUCAGGAAUGCACCAGGUAGCUGAGGUGAGGGCUCACAGUUCUGCAUUCCAGGGGCUUGCUCUCCUGCUCCGGAGGCUGGUGUGCACCACCUCGCUCUGCCCUGAGCCAGGGACCCCGAUGCCCCAGGGAGAGGAGUUCUGUAAUGCUUUGUUUUGUGCUGGUCCCUGGGGUGGCUGAUGUGCAGAAGCCAAAUGGCCAAGACCAAAGGCAGUCAAAUGGCAGUCGUGGUAGCCAGGCCUCACGCUGGAGGAGGCAAGAGGAUGCCCAGAACAACUUCUCCCUCUUCCUUCAUUAUAUGGGCACAUGGGCUCACAAAUACUGAUAUAUUUGGGUUGUGGCAUUUAGACUUAGCCCCUUCCACUUGCUGUAGGUGCUGUGUUAAUUUUUGCCAAAACCUGAUGCUGAGGGUGUUCUGGUCUCUUCAGGACCUUCCAGCAGUAGGUUUGCAUGUGCUCAUGACUAGUCGGGGUGGGUAAGAUUAUUUUUUUUACCAAUUGCAGAAUUGCCUGUUGUAUAUAAAAUCAGUGAAGACUGAAGUUCAUAUUUCCAAAGAGUCCAGAGGACACGGGUGCUGACCUGGGGCUUGGCUUUUCAGAGAUGCUGUGUUUCAGGCACUUGAGAGAUGUGGGGCUCUGCCUCUGCAAAACUGAUCCUGUGGGUGCAUUGACUGGGCUAAUAAAUGGGCUCAAAAACUGCUUUUGAAGAAGUUUGGCUGGAAGGGAGGCCUGACCAGGGUAAACCCCCUGGCUGAGCAUAGGGCAGCUUGGAAAUCAGAGCUGUGCCUUUGUCCUUAGGCCUGCUCUUACGGGCUCUGCCUCUCAGAGUCCAUAGUCAGCUCCCCCCUCAGUUAUUUUAGGUAUGAGAGCUGAGCCAAACUGGCGGCUCUGGCUCGAUUUGGUAUUGCUUGGGCCGAGUUCAGCAAAGCAAACGCACGUGUGGUGAGCAUGUGCUGCAGGCUGCUCUGCCUUUGGGAUUUUUGAGUUACAAUGCACUAAAGCUUGGGCACCUUGCUGAAUCUGGGUCUGGGCAUCGUUCUAUGGAUGAGAGAAGCAGUUUCUGCCCUUUUUUCAUAGUCAGACAUUUUUUCCAGUGGGCCAAGGCUUCCCAGGAGUAUGUUUUCUCUACUUAUUUUUAAAAGUCUGUUUGCACUGUGUACUGACAAAUCACCAUUUUUGCCCCUGACAAAUCUUGAUAAAUGAUAUGUAGGGAACAGUCCAUUUUAUUUUUAACUGCUGACAUUGUAGCAUUUUCUGAUGCUUAGUGUACCGCUGUUUACAUGGUAUAUUGCUAGAAUUUCAGAUCGUUUAUAUGAAAUAUAAAUACAAUUAUGCACUUUAGAGAGUUUAUAUUUUUGAACUUUGAAAGCUAAAAGUAACAAAACCUGUUAACUGAGAUUGUACAUUAAAAGAGAAAAAAAAAUACACCUAGCCAUCUGUCUUUUUAAACUGGUCAAGUCUUUCUUUGGGGAAAAAAAAACAAAAAACAAACACAAAAAAAACCCACCACAAACAUCUGCGUAGUUGCAAAGGGCACUGCUAGGAAAGAUCAGUGUGGAGAAGUGUAUUUUAAAAUUCUGGUCCAGGAAAGACACAUAUAAGCGCUCAGCUCUCUGUCCUGGGUGUCCAGGUGCCCUCUCCCAAACCUGCACAAGAGGAGGGUGCCAAGACCUGAGCACUAAAAUGUGUUUCCCAGAGAUUAUUUGAUUUCCCACUAACCACAAAUAGCCAAAAAUGGUGUUUGCCCCACUGCACUCCUCUAUGUCAAUCCAAGCAACUUCCGUGCAUUUUGUUUGAUGAUUUGUCUAUGCCAACAUUAUUGACUAGAGAACAUUAAAUACCAGACUCUGUUUUUUAAAGGUGUGAAGUACUGUGCAAAGAUCUACUUUAUGUGAUAUAAAUAAGCUGUUAGUAUAAGACAAUGUGUUUCCAUGUCACUAGAAUAAACUGUCUGCUGGAGGAUGGCAGUAUGGUCUGUUGGGUGUCCUCUCCACUGGUGUAAUUUCAGACACAUAUCUCUGUGUUACCACAGUGUGGUAUACAAAUCAUGGGGGUUCGUUUAAAUUAUUAUGACAAUGAACAGGUUACGGACAAAAUAAGACUGCAAGAGUUAAGAUAGACAAAAUACUUGUCAUUCUUAUGAGUUGCAUUUGGUUUUAUUCUGUUUACUCCUGAGUAAACAGUCAAAUAAUGAAUGUUCAUGUUAAAGGCAGUGAAAUUAAAGCAUCUUUUAAUCAUUUUGCUGAGACAUCAGUUGUUAUUCCUGGUAUGUCCAAGUUUCAGAUGGUAAGUGCUGCAGCCUGAGGUGCUCCCUUAGUUAUCUUCUAGAUGUUUGCAAACUGAUGAUUCAUCAGUGUCUAAAACAAGCUGCUGAGGCCAGAGCCAGACCAUAGCCUGCAACUGCCUCUGGGAACUAUGGGGACAAAGCUGACCCUGUUUGUGGGGCUGCAGUGUUAUCCUUGUCACAAGUGGCCCUUGCUGGCAGGUGGCAAUGGUGCAGAAGCGCAGAUCCCAGAGCCUGGGCACCUGGUGUGGGUUUUGUCAUAUGUGAGACCAGCUGGGGCUUGGUCUGUGCGCAGGGUGCAGAAUUGUACUUCAGCUUGUUCCUCAGCUUCACUAUUUCAGUGUCUCAUUUCCUGGGGAAAGGGAUCCAAGGACUUUAUGCUGUUGGGGAGGGAAUUUGGGUCCAAGCUUGUUUCUCCAAUCCAAGGCCUGGAGGGGACUUUGCCUGCUCAUGUGCAGAUGGGGAAGCUAAUUUUGCAUUUGAAAACUGUAACAAGAGAUGCAUUCAUGGACCUUCUAGUGUGGGAUAACUCAGUGGAAAUGGUGGCUUACUUGCUUCCAGUCUCUGGCUACUGCCAUAUUCCUGGAGAAUGAAAAGACGGUUAUCCCAGUGGGUACACUUACGAAAGGCCUGGUUUGGCAGAGGACACUGAUUCCAGCAAAUGUUAUAGAAAGUGCUGUUAGUAUUGGGAGCAUCAGCAGAACCAGAGCAAAACCUGGGACAUGUGCCUGUUGUGUGCCUGCUGGGCUGGUUCACAGUCGUGCACUGGGAAGUUAUAUUGUGCAUUUGCCCCUGGGAAACAGCCCAGCAGUUCUCGUGCAGGGACUGUGCCAGAGGCUGAGCCUGUAGCUGCUGGAGGAAAAGCCAUGUCCUUACUGACCACAGCAGGAGGAACAUACUUGGUACAAGCACCAGCACUUGCCAGGGCUCAGCUCUUUCAAAUCCUUUGUUGUGCGUUUUGUGGUAUUGGUCUGACUGCAAAAUGUAUAGAGAAAAAUUUCUCCAUACCUCUGAAUCAGUUAAAUCCACAUCUCACUCCUGGAAGAGUAGCUGCUUCUCUUAUGUGCUGCCUCUGUGGUCCCUGCUUAGGAGCAGAUGAGAUAUUAAUGCUCAAUUUGAUAACAUUCUGGUAAACAGGAUGUGUGGGGGUUCAGGGGCAGAAGAGAUCUGUUUCUAGGGGGGAUUUCCCCUGCCUAGAGCAGCCCCUCCUUGGCUUCCCGAACAUAAAGGCAGCCACUCGCUCUGAAUUAAACAUCAAAUUUAUUGCAUAAUACUGUACUAUGUACACACACAUUGAAAAUAAACAUUUGCUAUAACUGUGUAUUUGUCUUCAAUGCUGCAUUAGAAAGAGGCUGAAGGGCUCUCAGUGUAGCCCACAGCUUGUCUUAAAAAAACAAAAAAACAAAACAAAACCAAAAAAAACAAAAAAAAAAAAAAAAAAAAAAAAAAAACAGAA